UGGAUAUAAGUGCCUUCAAGCAGUCAUACGUGCCCAGCCUGAUGAUGCUACGGUCUAUGUAGUGAAACGCGUUAGCAGUAAAAGUUUUCCCAUCUGCUGUUUGGUCUACUGCGGCCACGGCGGAGGAAGCAAAUACAUAAAAACGAGUGACUGCCGAAGAGAUGAUUGCAAGGCUUCCGUGCUGCUCAUGGGCUGUAGUAGUGCUCUGACGUACAGGCCCGGAAACAGGUACGAAACUCUCGGAACUUGUGCCUACUAUCAGAUUGCAAAGAGCCCUAACGUUGUUGGAACAUUGUGGGAUGUAACCGAUAAGGAAAUGAACCGAUACUUAGAAGCUCUUCUCACUAUAUGGCUGGGAUUCAGGAAUCCGAAUCGUGAGCAGCAGGACUACAGAUGCGCCAAUAUCAGCGAUCAUUCAGACAGCUUGUUACAAGCAUUAGCCUAUGCACGAAAUUACUGUAAACUGCCAUUUUUAACAGGUGCAGCCAUCGUCUCCUACGGACUUCCGUUGUUUAACGGCAACUAA